AGCCUCCCACACGCAGCCCCAGUCCAGGAAACUGAGGUUGCUUAGCAAGUUUUUCUCAUCCACGGUGCAAAGUUUGCAGACGCGCCGCUCUGCUGCUGUUUGUGUUGUAAACCACAGACCCACGUCGACUUUUAUAAAACACACACCUCGUCCCCUCCGCCGAGCUCCAGGUGGCAACAACACAGACGGUGCAAGAUGUCCGUCGCAGGAUUUAAGAAGCAGUUUUACAAAGCGAGCCAGUUGAUGAGCGAAAAAGUUGGAGGUGCAGAGGGAACCAAACUGGAUGAAGACUUCAGGGACCUCGAGAGGAGAGCAGAUAUUACCAGCAAAGCAGUGGUGGAAGUCAUCAAUAAAACAUCGGAGUAUCUACAGCCCAACCCAGCAACCAGAGCUAAGCUUUCCAUGCUCACAACAGUGUCCAAAAUGCGCGGACAGCUGAAUAGUCCUGGCUACCCACAGCCAGAGGGCCUCCUGGGGGAGUGCAUGACAAAGUAUGGACGGGAUAUGGGCGAAGACACCAACUUUGGUGGGGCUCUUGUAGACAUAGGGGAGUCCAUGAAGAGGAUGGCUGAGGUCAAGGACUCUCUGGAUAUCGAUGUGAAGCAGAACUUUCUCGAUCCACUGCAGGCGGUUGCUGAGAAGGAUAUCAAAGACAUUCAGCACCACCUGAAGAAGCUGGAGGGUCGUCGUCUGGACUACGAUUAUAAAAAGAAACGUCAAGGUAAAAUCCAGGAUGAGGAGAUCAGGCAGUCCCUGGAGAAGUUCCAUGAGUCCAAAGAGAUGGCUGAGGGCUCCAUGCAUAACCUGCUGGAAACAGAUGUGGAGCAGGUGAGUCAGCUGUCCUCCUUUGUGGAGUCUCUGCUACAGUACCACAAACAGGCCUCGCAGGUCCUGGAGGAGCUUUCCGACAAACUGAGAGAAAGGGUGAAUGACGCUCAGAACCGUCCAAGACGUGAAUACAUACCCAAACCCAGACCAGAAUUUGACUAUGGAGACUUGGAGCCAUCCAACGGAGGAUACUCACCUGCUGCAAUAAACCCUCCGGCUUACUCUCCAGCUCCAGAACAAUAUCACGGUACUUCCUUCCAAAGAAACUCCGUCAGGAGCAAGCCACCCGAGCCAUGCUGUAAAGCCCUGUAUGACUUCGAACCAGAGAACGAAGGUGAGCUGGGCUUCCGAGAGGGUGACAUCAUCACCUUGGUCAAUCAAAUUGAUGAGAACUGGUUCGAGGGCACCUUGCAUGGAAAGUCAGGAUACUUCCCCAACAACUACGUCGAAGUGGUGGUGCCGAUAACCCACUAAAAUACAGCAAGGCAAGAGGGGGACGGCAGAGGAUGGAAAGGGGGAAUGAUAAGAGGGUUGUUGACUCUCAUUAAACCAAAAAAUAUCUUUUGGCGAUUGUAAUUAAAGGUAAUCAUCUCAAGACAGGGACCUUAUUUUGAAUCCAGGAAUUAUUUGACCAAAGUUUUUUCAUUAUAAUAAGAUUGAAAGGAUUUUUAAAGACGGUAAGACUGGAGGGAUGUUAGACCAGAGAAAUUACCACCUGACGUCUGAGUGUGCAUAUACCACAUCCUGAAUCUUUAUAUUCCAUCUCUAUGCACCUGUGCACUUUGUACACUACACCUCCAACGAAAGGACUAAUGAAGAAAGAUCAAGAUCUGUAAUAACCUGUUUGGCAGUAUCCACAAACACUAAGAAGUGCAAGUACUUUAUUCAUAUAUUACUAUUUUAUAUCCACAAUAUGAACUGUUCUGUGUGUUUGUCAUAUUGGUACUUCACACAUGCACGUAUAUGCAUGUAUUUUUCUGGGCAGUGUUUUCUACAUCCCUACUUUUCACCACUGUGCCUCUGCGUUUGUACUGUCGACAUCCUGGACUCAACAUGGAGGACAGGCCGCCUUUUGUUGAUGUCCAAAUCUAUCCUCUGCUGACACCUGCUGGUGCUACAGAUUUCUAGCUGUUAGUGCUGUGUUCUCAUGGCUUAUAAUAUAUAUGUGUAGACAUUAGGGCUGCAACAAGGUUUAGUUUUUUUUAUGGAAAAAAAGUAAAUUCUCUGAUUUCCGUUUCUUAUGUGAAUAUUUUCUGGUGUCUUUGCUGCUUUAAUACCAGUAAAGUGAAUCUCUUUAGUCAAUGGACAAAAUAAGACAGAGAAGGCCAUCUUUGGGUUCAGGAAACUCAUGUGAACUUUUUAUGGACCAAACAUUGCUUAAUCGAGGAAUUAAUCAACAGAUUAAGCAAUGAUGAAUAUAAUCAUGGCCCUAAUAUACAUAUAUAUUAGCUGAGUUUAUUUUAGACCAAAAAGCUGUUUGAGGGUCUACGUCUGAAGGACUGUAAGGGUCCAUAAAUACACUUCUUUUUAAUUACAUGUAAUUGUUAUUAGUUAGUCUACUUACCUAAACCUCAACCAUUGUUUUUCCGUGCACGCCACCCUCUUAUCUCUUAAUACUAGAGAAAGGCUGCACACACUCCCAAACUGUUCAUGGCUGCUGCUUGUCAGCUAAAAUGUAUUUUAUACAGCGCAAAUUACAAAAUGACUAAGUCAAUCAUUUAACUAUAUGUAAACAUGUGUUUUCCUUUUUAUUUACCUCACAGGAGCAGACUUUUGUGUCCAUCACAGUGCAGCUCACUUAAUAACGCAACAUCAUUUUCCCACACCCCAACCUAUUUGCAUCACACCAAAGCCAUAAGCAUCAGCCCCUCUGUUUGCUCAGCCUCUAGUGAUGCUGCUGGCAGUGUCAGUCACAGUGUUUUGGGGGCUUUCACUCCACUGUUUGUCAGUGAAUUUUCAAUCUUGUGAUUUAUUUUCCCCCUCAGCAUUUGGGAUUAAGCUCCUGCUUUAGUGCUCUUAACCUAAAAUUCUGAGCAUGUAAAUGAAUUUGAUGUGUUUUGGCUUGUUUUUUGUGGCUGCCUCACGUUUCAGUCUGAAACUGUGCACCAGACCUGACAGAAAACGCUCGCUCCCAACUAUUGUGUUCAGAGUUUACUAAUAACCAGUGCGGCCUCUACACAAUGGUUGGUUUGAGUUUCAUUUAAGCCUAUUUACAAGCAUGACUAUGAACUGCGAGGGUUUGUUCUUUUCACCGAAAAAUGCCAACUUUCUCCUCUUGUCAUGAUCGCCUUGUUAGACCGCCCCCCCACCCCACUCAUCUCUCCCAUCUCUAUUUAAAGUGGGAGCGGAACAGACAGGUCUUUUCAGCAGGGAAGGGCACACAGCAGUGGAUUACGCUCCCUCCAUCCCCCCAACUAGUCUUUAUUCACCACCUGCCCCCGUACCCCUUCCCCCUUUCCUCAUUAUCUGCUCCCAUCCCCUGGUCUAUCCCUGCAAUAAUCUCCCUGUUAUCAUAGUAUGGGCCUCCUAAUGUUAUUUUUGCAUGUGUCCUAUAUGUUAGUCGUGCUACCUUUUGGGCUGAAGUGUUUGGCUGUGCUGAAUAAUAACCGUGUGGCUCAGGUGUGGCUUCUCAUGCCUCAUUAUACUAAAUCAAAAGCCGGGAGUAGGAGAGCGGAGGGUCAGGGGCUCAGGUUGAGCUAUUAUGUCGCUUGUAUAAUGUUGAUGAUUAAUGUCGUGGAACAAAGGACUAAGAUCAAUUUUUGUGUGCCGUGGCUGUCACAGCUGAAAUAGUUGUCUUGACUGCUGUGUACUGACAUUUAUUGCAGCCCUGUGAUGGUUUGUUAAGCACCCAUACCCAUAAGUGUCCCAACUCUAUAACACUAUAUAAAUGAAAGAAGUAUUAUUGGCCUUUAAAAGAUACCUUUAUUUUAUUAUACACAAUCGUUUUGUGUGUUUAAAUGUAACCGCUCUGCAUGCGUCUUCAUUACAGCUGCUGUGUCUGAGGCAAUGCCUUCCUUUUGUAACUGUGACUGUGGGGAGACUAAAAGUGGGAUUAUCCUGGAUUAUCUAUAGGAUAUGUGGUUUACCUCUAUUCUUAAUGUAAUCGUAUGUGUGUAUUGUGUAUUUCCUUAUUGUGUAAAGGGAAAUGGAUGCUGUUCAUUUGCUUCUUCAAUAAAUGUUAAAUAAUUUGG